AUGUUAUUGAAAGCUCCCUUGAAAUUAAUUUUUGUAUAUUUUUAUGUUAACACAAUACCAACAAUUAAAACUAACAUACCAAAUGUUGAGAUGGAACAUUGUGCUAAAACAAUACCAAUUCUAAAAUUAGCUCUGAGGAAAAUUGAAAACUACAAUAACAAACAACUCAAACUCAUUUCAGGUGUUUGCCAAGUACUUGGUUGUUACAAUUCAAUGGAGGAAAUUUAUUUGGGUGAACGCUACGGCUAUAGUUCAUAUGCUGAAGAUGGUUUCAAUUAUAUUACGGGUGGUGGUGGCAUUACCUUCUCAUUGCCAGUGGUUAAACUUAUUUUGCAGCAUUGUUCGUGUCCUUCAGCUACGGCGCCUGAUGAUAUGAUUUUGGGCUCUUGUUUGCAUUCACUUCAAUUGAAAGCUUUGCACUCGUCAAGGUUUCAUCAGGCUCGCCCUAAUGACUAUCCCUUGGAGUUACUGCAGCUAGAACCGCCAGUUUCGUUUCACAAAUUUUGGCAAAUUGAUCCAAUUGAAGUCUACAGUGAAUGGAUUGGCGCUGAGGACCAUCAGCUGUUAGCUAAGGAAAAUCAUGUACAUGAAAAUCUUAUUGAUUUGGAUUAUAGUUCCAAGAAUCGUAAACUGUUAGCCAAAACGGAACCCUUCAAUUUAAAUGAGAUUCCUGUUACUUUAGAAACUUCAUUUUAUCAUUCCAAGGAACAACAUGUUGAUCUUUAA